AUGACGUCGCCUUACCCAACAUCCCGCUCAUUUUCACCCUCCGUUUCCUCCGACAUGCCUGGGGCGCCUAACAGGCCCGUCUCUGAUUUGCCGCAAGCCCAGGUCGACGCGAUCAUCCGUACGAAGCGCAAGGCCCGCGAACCCAAGGCUUGCUACCCAUGUCAUGCACGAAAGGUCAAGUGCGAUCGCAACCUUCCGUGCGACGGAUGUGUGAAGCGCGACCAUGCCGAUCUCUGCUCCUACGAACGUCCCUCCAAAAAGCAAUCGCAAGCGUUUCACGGCAGCCCUAUCGCUAGCUCCGCCACAGUCCCUGCGCCGGUCCCAGUCUCCAUGCCGGACUACCCAACAGCGUAUACUUACAAUGACAACUCGGCACAAAUGAAUUCUCGUCCACCGAUAAGCCGACCUGUUCCCCCGGCUGGCGGUGCACGCGUAUCAAUUGCUCGAGAAGAAUGGGACAACGUGCGUAAUAGAUUGCGUGAGAUGGAGUCGACUAUUUCUUCGCUCCGCGUCGGCCUGGAAAAAACUGAAGAUGGCCUCACAAGUUCCAUGGACACUGGAAGCGUGCAGAGUGCUGAUGCGGGUUCCCGUUCCAAGGCGGCCUCGCCUGAGCGCGAGGGCAUCCAUGCUGCAAAUACCCUCGGCAAAGGCACCGUGCAUUUAGGCUCUCGCUCUGUGCUGGCUUACAUCCUGAACAACCAAUCUGGAUCCGAUCAACUCCAAGCACUUUUGGAGGGGGGCAUAUUGCCCAAGCUCGGCUUGGAUAAUGAAUCUGCAACUUACCCAUUCGUCGAUCUGUGGUCUACAGACAUGUCAACGUUCGACGUUACCGCGGUGUGCAGUGCACUCCCCACUGAUCAACAAUGUAGAGAAAUGUUUUACUACUACAAGGAUAUCUCAGGGGCCAUUUAUCCCGUACUGGAAGAUAUCACUGAAUUCGAGGAUACGCUCGAGCUCUUGUUGCAGACUAGGAUUUCCAUGGGUGGUGAAUAUCGAGCUGAUGCGGAUGAAUCACAAAAGCCCUUCGGAGUCAGUCUCGCAUACCUAGGACUUUUGUUUGCUGUUCUUGCUUCCGGCUGUCAAUCAUCCGAUUAUGGGAGCAAGGAGAGAGAGUUGACCUCGCAAGUUUACGUUUGCUGCUCUUAUCAAUGCCUUCGCAUGACAAACUUCUUGUCGCAACCCACGAUAGAAGCCAUUCAGACCCUUUUGGUGAUUGGCAACGUGUUAUCUUACAACAUGAACCCAGGAAUUUCCUAUGUCUUGCUCGGAAUGACGCUUCGAAUGGGUUUGGCUCUUGGUCUUCAUGUUGAGUCCAGUAGGUUUUCCUCGGCAGAGCGGUACCGUCGGAGACACACAUGGUGGUCCAUGGCGUGGCAGGAUAGUCAUUUCUCCCUUUCUUACGACCGACCCUCCACCACUGCAGUGAGCCAACCCGACAUUGCUUACAAGGAAGGUUCGAAGGCUGGCGACUUGUCCUACUUUGAAACUCUCUGUCGAGUGAUUUCCCUUGCGUUGGAGGUCGUUCGCAUACGCAUGUUAAGCCCACAUGCUCAGAUUAACAUUGAAAGUAUCCAGGGGUAUAAGGAACGUAUCCAAAAAAUCAUGAUAGAGGCGCGACCCUAUUUACGAGAUGCAAGCCGAUGUUCUACGCCGACAGAACACCUUGAGCGGGUCGUACUCAAGUUACACUCCUCAUACUUCGCAUCUGAGCUCUGCCGCCCGGCGCUCAAGCCAAUGGCCGACUUCAGCGACGCCAGCGCUGCCAGUAUGCGCGAAACAUGCGUGUCAAAUUUGAUGACAACCGUUGAAGCUUACAUUGAAAUGCACAACAUUAGCUCUCACGCUGCGCGCUCUUGGAUUGCUUUACAGCGGGCAAUCAGCUCUGCGUUUUUGCUUGCUGUUAUUGAAGAAGCCAAGCUGGACCCGAAUGUCUGGAACCUUUUGCGACAACUGGAGGGUAUCAUUGCACAGCGAGCAAGCACCGAGCGAGCUUAUGAUUCCAACGAGGCCGCCGCAACUGUUGCUAGCAUGACUUCUCCACCGCAAAAUCUUGGCACUUAUGAUCCGAUCACUGGGGCCACAAAUCCGCCAGGCCCCAUUGCAUCAGUAGUGGAUCCCAAUUCCCCAGCUGGUCUGCCUGCGGAUACACAAACACAAUGGGCCAAAUCUUUGGCCAAAACGCACCGUGCUCUGCAAAAGUUGCUCAAUGCAUUCGAGCAUCACCCCUCAAGGCAAAUUCCGGGACGUAAUGGCACGCCUGCAUAUCUCCCUCAUCAAAACCUCAACCCAGCUUCUGCCUCUAUGGGGUCUUUCGUCCCCGUUUCUGCGAGCAUGACCCCUAGUGUCGGGUCGCUCCCGCCACCUACGCCAGAAAGCUCAGGCAGUGGCGAAUGGUCAAUGCCGAACAUCAUGGAUCGAGCAGCGGAAUAUAUUCACCCACCUUUGUGGGGCUAG